AAAUAAAUUGUUUCAAAAUUUCAACUCUCCUAACUCAACAAUAAAAUUGCGGCUUGUUGUCGUGGCCAAUUGCCGGGCAGCUUAUCAGACUGCCAACGAUUAACUUGAACAAUUGAUAAGACGUCGCUAUGUUUGCCACUGAUAACAAAAACAGUCAUACCUUUGAGAAGAAAAUGAGCGCGAGCACCGAACAGCCACCGCGCUUUGAUAGCGCCAAUGAGAACGCUACAAAUGAGAACGCCACAAAUGGUGGCACACAGCAGGGACAGCAAGAUCAGCAGCAGCAGCAACAACAACCGCAGACACAAAACGCAGCAGCCAAAUUGUUGCAACAUUUUCAAACAAAUCGCAUUGAUUCAGCACUUUGGGCGCUGCGCUUGCUCGUCAUUUUGUUUACCAUCAGCUAUGUGUUGCCAAUCUUCACCUCACAGCAAAGCGCAUUUAGCAAGGUGCUGUUGGCUAAUGCGGCAAUCUCUGCAUUGCGUUUGCAUCAACGUGUGCCUGCGUUUUCGUUUAGUCGCGAAUUUCUGGCACGUUUGUUUGCCGAAGACUCGUGUCAUUAUAUGAUGUACUCGUUGAUCUUCUUCAGCAUUCGUCCCACAUUGCUGGUGCUCAUACCAGUGGCAUUGUACUCUGUGCUGCAUGCCUCAAGCUAUUCGCUCAAGCUGUUGGAUCUAAUCGGUCAGAACUCUUGGUGGGGUGCACGUUUCAUCAUCUCCAUUGUGGAGUUCCAGGCUGCGAACAUAUUGAAGGCCACCGCUUUCUGCGAAAUCUUCAUUAUGCCCUAUGCCAUUGUUAUGACUUUCAUGAGCCACGCUGGUUUGAUGACGCCCAUCAUGUACUAUCACUACCUGGUCAUGCGUUACAGCUCACGUCGCAAUCCCUACCCACGCACCGCUUUCGCCGAGCUGCGCAUCACCUUUGAGGCGCUCGCCGCCCGCUCACCACCCGCUAUUGGCAAAGUCAUACGCGGUGGCAUUGGUUUCGUCAAUCGCUUGGCGCCGCAGCCACAGCCUGCGCCCACACAGUAGACAUGACAGCAGCAACAACAACAACAGCAACAAUAAGAACAACAGCAUAAUAAGCUAAAGUUUAAGCCUAUUUAAAAGAGUACGCACGAGUUUAGGGUUCAUUUUACAUUUUGCAUUAUUUCUUUAAUAACUUGCUUAUACAUAUUUUUCCAAUUUCUCAAUUCGCUUUUGUACAUUUGCUUUUGUUGGGCAUUUAGUUAAAUUAUUUUUAUGUAUUUUUUGCUCUCGUACAUUGCACACAAAGUGUGCCCGGUUUUCAAAUUAAAUGCGCGUAUUAUUAAAAUUAAUUGCAAACAAUUAUAGUUUAAUUUAAUUGUAUCCCUUGCAUGUUUCAUUCAAACGCAAAUAAUGUUGUUUUAGCAUAUAGAAAUCGGGAAAUACACAUUAAGUACAUAUUGUAUUGUAUUGUUUGGCAACUGAAACUAAUACAUAUUCAACAACAAAUUUAUAUAUUUUUAUUAAUGUAUAAGAGAACAACAGACAAGCAAGUAA